GUUUGUAUUUCGAAUUUCUCCCGUAAAGAAACUGAGCGUCAUGGAAGCUCUACCUUCCGUUACUCUGUCUCUACACCUGCAACCUUUCCCGCCAAAUCCUCUCACCGCUCCCACCUCUGCCUCCAGUUCCGACGGCAGCCACCGUUUCCUCUCGGCCAAAGCCCGAACCAAAUCCACAAGGAAAACCCACCUGAAAUCUCCAAAAUUUCGCACCAGAAACCCGAAACCUUUCUCAGAAAGAGAUGCUUUCCCGUCAUCACUACCGCUCCACACCAGAAAUCCGCACGCUAUUUGCGGAGACAUCCAAAGAUUCGCCAGACAGAACAAGCUUGAAGAGGCGCUUGCGAUUCUCGACUACUUAGACCAGCAAGGCAUCCCUGUCAACUCAACCACCUUCUCCACUCUCCUCGCGGCCUGCGUACGCUGCAAAUCCUUACUCCACGGGAAGCAGAUCCACGCCCACAUUCGCAUCAAUGGCCUCGAAAACAACGAUUUCUUACGUACUAAACUCGUCCACAUGUACACUUCCUGUGACUCCAUUGAGGACGCCCAGAAGGUGUUCGAUGAAAGUACGAGCAAGAGUGUGUAUUCGUGGAAUGCUCUGCUCAGGGGCACUGUUAUAUCGGGGAAGAAACAGUAUCGUAACGUGCUUUCUACCUUUUCGGAAAUGAGGGAGUUGGGAGUCAAGUUGAAUGUGUACAGUUUUUCUAAUGUAAUUAAGAGCUUCGCUGGUGCUUCCGCACUACGGCAAGGAUUGAAGACUCAUGGGAUUUUAAUCAAGAACGGGUUGCUUGAUAGUUCCAUUCUCAGGACUAGUCUGAUAGAUUUGUACUUUAAAUGUGGGAAAAUUAAGCUCGCAUGCACGGUGUUCGACGAAAUUCUUGAGAGGGACGUCGUUGUGUGGGGAGCAAUGAUUGCUGGUUUUGCGCAUAAUAAGCGACAAUUUGUAGCAUUAGAAUUUGUUAGGAAGAUGAUUAAUGACGGGAUAUAUCCAAAUUCGGCUAUAUUGACUAUGAUCCUUCCCGCCAUUGGGGAAAUUAAGGCACGGAAAUUGGGGUUGGAGGUUCAUGCUUAUGUCUUAAAAUCAAAAAAUUACUCUAACCAACCGUUUAUUCAGUCCGGCUUGGUCGAUAUGUACUGCAAAUGCGGUGACAUGAGCUCUGGGAGACGGGUUUUUUACGGGUUGAGGGAGAGGAAUGCUGUGUCUUGGACAGCUCUAAUCUCAGGAUAUAUCUCAAAUGGUCGACUACAGCAAGCUUUGAGAUCAGUUCUUUGGAUGCAGCAGGAAGGAUUUCGGCCUGAUGUGGUUACAGUUGCUACAAUUCUUCCUGUUUGUGCAAAGCUGAGAGCUUUGAAGCAGGGGAAGGAGAUUCAUGGUUAUGCCCUGAAGAACUUGUUCUUGCCAAACGUGUCAUUAGUCACUUCUUUGAUGGUAAUGUACUCAAAAUGCGGUGUGUUGGGGUAUUCUGAGAAACUGUUUGAUAAUUUGGAGGCGAGGAAUGUGAAGUCAUGGACUGCAAUGAUUGAUUCGCAUGCGGAGAAUGACAGAUUGAGUGAAGCAACGGAGGUGUUUCGAGAAAUGCAGUUUUCCAAGCACAGGCCAGAUUCUGUAACGAUGGCACGGAUGUUGAGCGUUUGCAGCCAGCUUAAAGCUUUGAAACUAGGCGAAGAGAUUCAUGGACAUACAUUGAAGAAAGAUUUUGAAUCGAUCCCUUUUGUUGCUGCCCGGAUCAUCAAGAUGUACGGGAGUUGCGGAGCAAUUAAUAAAGCAAAUAUGGUCUUUGAUGCAGUGGCAGUAAAGGGUUGUGUGACAUGGACAGCAAUUAUUGAAGCUUAUGGUUGUAAUGAAAGGUUUACAGAUGCGGUCAGUCUGUUUGAUCAAAUGGUGUCUGACGGAUUCGUUCCAAGCGAUUUCACUUUCUCGGUGCUUUUCUCGAUUUGUGAUCAGGCUGGAUUUGCAGAUGAAGCUCUUGGAAUAUAUGAUAUGAUGCUUCAAAGAUAUAAAAUGAAGGCAUCCGAAGAACAUUGUCGUCUAAUUGCCAGACUGUUAACUCGCCUGGGUCGAACGGAAGAGGCUCAGAGAUUUGCAGGUAAAUUAUAGGAAGUUUAUGAGAUUUUUGUUUCGUUACAAAUGAGUUAAUUCUACAUUUUUUUUUAAAAAAAAAAAAAGUAGUAAAUUCAAUUGUAACUAAAACCUAAAUCUCAUGAAUUCACUUAUAAUUUACUUGACUUUGAUAGGUUAUAUCUCUUAUUUUCUUUCAGAUAAGGCUUCGUUCAUUUUUCAUUUGGGUCAGUUUUCGUGACAUAAAAAAGUCGUAUAAAUAUGGGCCUUAUAGGACUCGCGCGCGUGUGUGUAUGAGUAUAAGAAUUGGGCUUGCCAGGAAGGGGAAAA